CACCGACGCCAUCUUUCUUUUUCACAUCUCCCUUGUUUCAGACGAGUUCGUCGCCAAAUUUAUUUCUCGAUUUAUUGAGUAAUUCCGCAAAAUGCAGAAAAAAAGGGAGCCAAUACAGGCAGUGCAGGUGUUUGGACGCAAAAAAACCGCGACAGCCGUUGCUUACUGCAAGCGCGGACGAGGACUGCUGAAGGUCAAUGGAAGGCCCCUAGACACAAUUGAACCCAAGGUGCUGCAGUACAAAUUGCAGGAGCCGCUGUUGCUUCUUGGCAAGGAAAAGUUUGCUGGAGUUGAUAUCCGCGUGAGGGUUAAGGGAGGUGGUCAUGUAGCCCAGAUCUAUGCCAUCCGUCAGGCAAUUUCCAAGGCACUCGUUGCUUUUUAUCAGAAAUAUGUCGAUGAGGCCUCCAAGAAGGAACUGAAAGAUAUUCUCAUCCAGUAUGACAGAACUCUCCUGGUAGCUGAUCCACGUCGCUGCGAACCUAAGAAAUUCGGUGGUCCAGGAGCUCGUGCUCGCUACCAGAAAUCCUACCGUUAAUCCUUUGCGGAAGCACGUCAUUUUGUAUUUCAUUUUAUGCAAAUACAAAGAAUCUACACAGAA